CGAAAUUUUGCAGUUAAGUAGAUCAACAUUUCAAGGGAAAAGCGUGGACAUACAUACAAAGCUGAUGAGGAGAUAUAAGCAGGUCCCUGAGUGGUGGUUCAUCUGCAUCCUUCUUGUUAGCAUUGCUGCCACUGUGUUUGCUUGCGAGUACUACAUCGAGCAGCUCCAGCUGCCCUGGUGGGGAGUACUGGUUGCAUGCGCCAUUGCCUUUUUCUUCACCCUCCCAAUUGGGAUCAUCACAGCCACAACAAACCAGACCCCAGGAUUGAACAUUGUAACCGAGUACAUCAUCGGGUACUUGUACCCUGGACGUCCGGUCGCCAAUAUGUGCUUCAAGGUAUACGGUUAUAUCAGCAUGCACCAAGCUCUGAUGUUUCUUCAAGAUUUUAAAUUGGGACACUACAUGAAGAUUCCCCCAAGGACCAUGUUUAUGGCUCAGGUGGUAGGAACAUCAAUUGUGGCAUUUGUGUACCUUGGAACGGCGUGGUGGCUGAUGGACACAAUCCCCAACAUCUGCGACAUUGAGCUUCUCUCAGCGGACAACCCUUGGACAUGCCCCACUGAUCAUGUGUUCUAUGAUGCGUCGGUCAUAUGGGGACUUAUUGGCCCGCGCAGAAUAUUCGGAGUCUUGGGAACUUACUCGGCAGUGAACUGGUUUUUCUUGGGAGGUGCUAUUGCUCCUCUGUUGGUAUGGUUUGCACACAAGGCAUUCCCCAGCCAGAAUUGGAUCUUACUCAUCAACAUGCCGGUGAUGAUCGGUUGCACUGUCAAGAUGCCGCCUGCCACUGCAGUAAACUACACCACAUGGGUACUUGUUGGGUUUUUGUCAGGUUAUGUGGUCUAUAGAUAUCGACGAGACUGGUGGGAACGACACAAUUAUCUGCUCUCAGGUGCACUAGAUGCAGGUUUGGCGUUCAUGGCUGUCUUAGUUUACUUGUGCCUAGGCUUGGAGAACAUUAGCUUGAACUGGUGGGGCAAUGACUUGGAUGGAUGUCCCCUAGCUUCUUGCCCCACUGCUAAAGGUAUAGUUGUCAAGGGUUGCCCUGUGUACAACUGAAAUUUUUUCUCACGUGCUCAAGAAAUUUCAGUAGUGAGUGAGCAUGCAUUGAUGUAAAUAACAAAUGUUUGUUCAAGCCUUUCACAGUGAGAAAAAAUAUGUUAAUUAUAUCAUUGAAAA